AAAAUGUAUAUAUAGAAUGCUAUAUGGCUAAAUCAUAAAUUGGUAGGGGUGGCUGUUUGAAUUCCGAAUCUGUUUUUUGUGCCUGCUCAAGAGACGUCUGGUUUUGUAAUUCGUUGAAAUAGUCAUGACUACUUCUGAUGAAAAGGAAGGGCCAGGAAGGUUGGAGGGAAAAUUUCAAGGUACCGUAGUGUGUUUUAUUCUUGGAUUAGGAUCCCUUGUGGCAUGGAACAGUAUGUUGACUGUAGGAGAUUAUUACUACAAUCUCUUCCCUAAAUACCAUCCUUCGCGUGUACUCACCAUCAUUUAUCAACCAUUUGCCCUUGGAACUAUGGCAAUACUCACUUAUAAUGAGUCCAAGAUCAACACUAGAAAGCGGAAUUUAAUUGGCUACUCUCUUUUCUCCAUUUCUACUUUGCUAGUUCUUGUCUUAGAUCUAGCAACUUCUGGGAAAGGGGGAAUUGGACCUUACACGGGUUUAUGCGCACUUUCUGCUUGUUUUGGAGUCGCAGACGCUCUUGUCCAAGGUGGCAUGGUUGGAGACUUGUCUUUAAUGUGUCCUGAGUUCAUCCAGUCCUUCUUUGGUGGUUUGGCUGCCUCAGGAGCCCUAGCUUCUGGUUUGAGACUUCUCACCAAAUGGGGUUUUGAGAAAUCUCAUAAUGGUCUUCGAAAAGGGACUAUGCUAUUCUUUGCAAUCGCUACACUUUUUGAGUUUCUGUGCGUAAUUCUCUACGCAAUGUACUUCCCUAAGUUAUCCAUAGUCAAGUACUACCGUUCAAAGGCAGCUUUAGAAGGAUCGAAAACUGUAUCAGCUGAUCUUGCUGCUGCCGGCAUCCAUAAUGAGAUCAACCUGCAAGUUGGAUUUGAUGCUAAACAACAAGAACGGCUGAGCAAUAAACAGUUGCUUCUUCAGAACAUUGAUUAUGCCACUGAUUUGUUUCUGAUAUAUGUGCUAACAUUGUCAAUUUUCCCUGGAUUCUUGUAUGAAAAUACUGGAUCACACAAGCUAGGAACAUGGUACCCGCUUGUUUUGAUUGCAAUGUACAACGUAUUAGAUCUAAUAUCCAGAUAUACUCCCCUCAUCAAAUGUCUGAAGUUAGAAUCCAGAAAGGGCUUACUCAUUGCAGUACUUUUAAGAUUUCUGUUGAUCCCAGCAUUCUACUUCACUGCAAAAUAUGGUGACCAAGGAUGGAUGAUCCUGCUUGUAUCUUUCUUGGGACUAACCAAUGGUCAUCUCACAGUUUGCGUAAUUACCAAGGCACCCAAAGGUUACAAGGGACCUGAACAGAAUGCAUUGGGUAAUUUGCUCGUGCUGUUUCUUUUGCUCGGAAUAUUUUCUGGGGUUUGUCUUGAUUGGUUGUGGCUCAUAGGAAAAUCAGAAGCAUUCUAAAAUGAAACAGUAUCUAAAAUCUAAAAUACUCUUCUUUGAGCCAUGUUUUAGAUUGGGGAGAAAAUCAUUGAAUAUAAAAAAAAAUGAGAUUGGGGAGAAAAUCAUUGAAUAUAAAAAAAAUGAGUAUAAGUAUAAGUAUUUUUUUUAAAGUAUUUUAUAUUUAUAAAAAAAUUGUCUCAUAAUUUAUUGUAAUAAUAAGUUAUGCUUGAAAAAUGAUAGCGACACUUUCUCUAAUAAAAUUCAUGUUUUACAAAAAGUCAUUACUUUAAAUAAUUUUUAGUGAAUAAUAAAGAUAAUUUUAGAAAAAGAGUUGCUAACAUUUCUUAUUCUAUUCGCUCAAUUCAACUUCUUUUUAUUUGUGUUAUGUGAUUUUUUUUUCUUAAAUCAAACACAACAAUAUAUUUGUGUCAUCUAGGAUCAUAAUUUUUAAUAAAGAAAACAAAUUUUGUGAAUUGAUAUAAGUGUCUUAAUAUAUCGAAUCAUUUUUAUUAGGUUUGAGCAAAAAUCUAAAUCCUAACCAACAUCUGACCUAUAUGAACAUAUAAAAGGAUAGUCGUUGGGUUAGUUUGAGUAACUCUUUGGAUUAAAAAAAUUGGUCUAUAAUGGAUAAAAUCAACGAAUUCAGUUCAACAAAAUGUUCUUUUUGUGUGGAAAUUCAACCCAAUCGAACUUCUAUAUUCUCUUAUGAUAUAUUGUGUUUUUAGGUAAGUGAAAGUGUGCACUUUUUAAAAAUUAAUAAAAUAAAAAUUAAAAGAUUGAGAAAGUGUAUAUGAGUGUAUACUAGUGCUCAUUGAACAUGUGACUAUAAUAGGUUGUGUCACUUCAUCAAGUUUUUACUCUUUUUUUUUUUGCCACUUUCAUUAUUUUUCUAUCACACUCCAUCUUUUUGCCCAUGGUCAAAUAAAUUCUUACCAAAAAACUUACAUUAGAAUUCAAAUCUAAUAGAAAGAAACAACAAAAAAUGGAAAAGGAGUAAGCUAAAGACUUUAUUGUAUUCAUCCUUAAUGCCAAUUGUGAGGCUUGCCAUUUUUGCAACAAGCUUGCUACCAUCGUGUAUUGUGAAGGUCUCUAUCUACAACAAGCUCAAAUCUUUAGACUACAAUCCCAAAAUGGAGGUGCAAGAUAAAUAAUUUUCUUACACAAAGUCAUGAGAAUUUUACUUGUUGAGAAAAAGUACUCAUCUAAAGUCUUCGAUUAGUGGUCAUUAGUGUUUAAAUUGGUUGUUGUACAUAUGAAAGGGACUUUGAUGUCAAAGUAAAUAAGUAUUCUUUUGUAGUGUAUAGUGUAAUCUCAAGAUUAAAUGUACCUUUUGAAGAUGAAAUGCAAGUAUAUAUACAAUAGAGAAGAGGUUACUGUUAA